AUAGAGAGUGAUUGUGUAUAGAGGUGAAAAUCCGAUGCAAAUUUAUCAUACACACAAUGGCCGUCGAGUUAUUUUAUGUAAAAUAUUGAGAGUUAUUUUAAAUGAAAAUUAAUAAUUAAAGUAGAUUGAUUGAAUAUCAAAUAAGUAUAUUGGAUGUUUAAUAAUUCGAGUCACCAUAUUCUAGGUCGUGAUAUUUGUGAUAAAUUAAUACUCCAAAGUAGUUGUAUUAAUAUAUCAAGUCUUCGUGUGUAAUUUGUGAUUGUAUAUUGGUUAAAAAGUUAGUUCGUUUGGAUUCGUAUUUUUCUCUUUCCCCGUUUAUAUCUUAGUUUUAUUUUUAAUUUUGAUAAUAAAUAUUGUUUAAAAGUUAUUGUAUUUAUUAAAAAUAUUGAGUUAUGUCGGAAAGUGAAGCUGUUGCAUCUCAACAGACACAGCAGCAGCAGCAACAACAACAGCAGCAGCAGCAUUUUCUUCAACAACCAGUUAAUCAAAAUUCAAUGGCAAAUAUGGCAUGGCAGUAUCCUCAGUCUGGAAAUAUGCACAUGUAUUCAGGGUUUCCAGCAAAUCAACAACAAAUGUAUGGACAGGGUUACAACAAUCCAUCAGCUCAAAUGUAUUAUUAUCAUCAAGGAAUGAUGCCGGGAUAUGGACAACAAACAUCAUUUAAUCCGCAGCAAGUACAAUCUCAAAAUCUACAAAAUAAUCAGGUUAAACAGCAGCAGCAGCCACAACAACAACAACAACAACAUAUUCAAGGACAUCAACAAAUGCCACCAACACCAGGACAACUUCAACCAAUGGCACUGGAUUCUGAUUCGGAACUUCCACCUUUACCACCAGGACCACCACCACCUCCACCUCCACCACCAUCAUCAACAGCAUCAUCAACAUCAAAUCAACAACAAACUAAUCAAAAUCAAAUGUUUAUGUAUAAUUCAUUUCCUUAUAAUGGAUGGAAUGAUACUAACAAUGAUAUGAGUCAAUUUAAUGGACAAAUUAGAUUUAAUCUUCCCAAUAAAAAAGCAGGUCUUGGUUUUGUACCAUCAGGAAAUAGUGGUGCAGCUAAAAAAAAACGUAAAAGAAAUAAAAAUUUGGCACAACAAUUUCACAAUUCAUUUCAGACAAAUAAUACAAAUACAAAUAAUACAACAACAACACCACCAACACCACCAACAGCAGUUGCAGCAGCAGGAGCAGUAGUAGCAGAUUUUACUGGUAGUAAUAAUCAGAAUAUAAAAAAUAAUAAUGAAUUACCACCAUUACCACCAGCACCACCACUACCAUCAAAAAUUGAUGUACCACAAAAAUUAAUUAAUAUUCCAUCAAUUAUUAAUUCUCCUUCUGUUGAUAAAAUGAUAUCAUCUCCUAUACCACUUCCAAGUGAUAAUAAAAUAUCCCAACAAUUAAUUAUAAAUCAAAAUCAAAUUAAAACAACGGUAGGUACAACAAUAACAAAUACAAAUCCAGUUGGUGAUUGGCCUGAUAGUUUAAAAAAUUAUGUUCAUCGUUGUUAUGAAAAAUGUAAAACAGCAGUUGAUAAAGAUCAAGUUGAAAUAAUAUUAAAAGGUAAAAUAACAAGAUCAGCAAAUGAUGGUUCAUUAUGGAUUAAAGAUUGGGAUAAAGAACCAUUACCAAGUAUACAUAGUGAACGUAUGACAAUGACUAUUAAAUCACAACAAAGUCCAUUAUUAAAACAAAAUAAUCAAUUAAUAAAUAUUGGACAAAAUAAUAAUAUACGUAAAACUGGUUUAUCAACAUCACUUGGUGCAAGACUUGGUGCACGUUAUGCUAUUGGAAAUAAUAAAUUAAAAUCACAUUCAAAAUCACGUUCACGUUCACGAUCACGUUCACGUUCACAUAGUCCACCAUCACGUAAAUAUCGUCGUAGUGCAUCAUCAUCAUCAUCAGAUACAAGUGAUCGUGAACAUGAUUAUAAUAAUAAAAAUACAACAACACCAACAUCAUCAAAAUCUAAAAAAUCAACACGUAAUAAUAAAACAAAUCAUAGUAGUAAAAAAAAUAAUAAAAAAAAUAAAUCAACAACAAAAUCAUCAUCAUCACAUUUUUAUUCGGAAUUUGGUAAUACAACAAAUGAAGAACUUGGAUCAAAAGAAAAAUUACAACAACGUGCUGCAAGAUUUCAUGAUACAAUUAAUAAAAAUUCAUCAAUAAAUAAAGAUGAUAAUAGUACAGAAUUUGAUUUUACAGGAUUACAUAUUGUUGGUACUUGUAAAGAUCUUGAAAAACCAUAUCUACGUUUGACAUCAGCACCAGCUGCAUCAGCUGUACGACCGGUAAGUGUUCUACAAAAUUCAUUGGUACAUGUGAAAAAUCGUUGGGUUAACAAUCAAGAUUAUCGAUAUGCAUGUGAUCAAUUGAAAUCAAUUCGUCAAGAUUUAACAGUACAAGGUAUUAGAGAUAAUUUCACUGUUCAUGUUUAUGAAACACAUGCACGUGUUGCACUUGAACGUGGUGAUCAUGAAGAAUUUAAUCAAUGUCAAACACAACUUAGAAUGCUAUAUCAAGAUUUAGGUGGUGAUAAUCGUUGUGAAUUUGUAGCUUAUCGAAUUCUUUAUUAUAUAUUUACUAAAAAUACACAAGAUUUAACAACAAUUAUGGCAACACUUAAUGAUGAUGAUAAAAAUGAUGAAUGUGUUAAACACGCUUUAAAAGUACGUUCAGCCUGGUGGCUUGGAAAUUAUCAUGUAUUAUUUAAAUUAUUCAAAAGUGCACCACGUAUGGCAGCUUUUUUAAUGGACUGGUUUAUUUCGCGAGAGAGAAAAAUUGCAUUGAAGAACAUGUUGAAAUCCUAUCGUCAAAAUUUGGCUGUUGAUUUCAUCAUUGCGGAAUUGGCCUUUCAAACUUUGGACAAAUAUUAUGAAUUUGUGACUGAAUUCGGACUGAUUUAUUCCGAUAAAGAUCGACAAUUUCUUGAUUGCAAAGCGAGCAGUGUUUCAUUAGGUAGUUGGUAGAAGAUACGAGCUAUAUUAAUACAAAUAAAAAUUUUUUAAUUAUUGUUUUUUUCUUUAAACAAAAACAAAUGUUAAAAAAUCAUACUCGUCCAACUUCUAUCAUCAAUUUUUGUGUGUAAUUGCACAAGAAAAGAAAAAAAAUUUGUACGCAAAUUUUUUUUUUCUUUAUAUUGUAUAUACUUUUUCUUUUAAAUAUUCAUCUAUAUAUUUAUAUAUACAUAUGUACAAUGUAUUUAUAUAAUUAUAUAUUUGCUUGUAUAUAUUUAUAUAUAAUUAAUUUUUUUCUUCAUACACGUUUGUAUGAAUGAUCUGUUAAAUUUCGUGUUGAGCAAAUAAAAGUGUUCUCUUGACUUUUUCUUGAGUUACAACACUUGGCUCUCUUUAAAUCUAAUUCUACUAAAAAAUAUUUUAAAAAAACCUGCUCGUCUUGUAUUAGUCAACUAGUGCAGUAAUAUAAAUUCAAGUUGUACAUAGGCUCUUUAUGUUAACUGAGGAUAAUAUAAAAUUAAGAUAAACUGAAAAAUGAGAAAAAAAAAAAUUGAUCAAUAAAUAACUGGGUUACACGCGAUUGUCGGGAA